AGAGAAUUGAAAGCCAAAGUCAAAGCUAGUAGAAACUUUAAAGAAAUCUGGAAAUGAUGUAUAGUCUGUGGUCUUUGCUGUUUUUCAUAGUCUUUUCAAAUCAAGAACCUCGCGAUGAACCUGGCAUUGAAGUUUCUAGUUUUGAAGAUGAGGGUUCAAUGGGGAGGUGCUGGCGUUUGCGUGAUGAAAAAUGUCCCAAUCCCGAUAUAAACUUUUGGCUUUUCACAAAAGCUAAUCCAUAUGGGAUGAAGCUCUCACUGGAUAAUCUACCCAUAGACAAAUUUUUACCCCUCAAACCGCUCAAAGUGUUGAUCCAUGGAUUCGAUGGUCACCGGCAUUACACUCCCAACUUCCAGCUACGUCCGAGGUUUCUUGAGCUGGACAUCAAUGUGAUCUCCUUGGAUUUUCCGAAACUGGUUAAAUCGCCCUGCUACUCUGAGGCGGUGCACAAUGCCAAAUAUGUGGGUCGCUGUACUGCCCACUUUCUGACCACACUGCUCGAAAGGAAAUUGGUGGCGAUUGAGGGUCUGCAUUUGAUCGGUUUCGGCUUGGGCGCUCAUGUGGCAGGGUUCGUGGGCAACCUUAUGACCAAAUACCACCUGGAACACAUCACGGGGCUCGAUCCGGCUAAACCGUACUACCUGGUCAACGAUACGGCCGAAAAACUCGAUCGCAGUGAUGCCAAAUUUGUGGACGUCGUGCACACGGAUGUGAUGAUGAUGGGCCUACUCGAGGCAUUGGGCCACGUGGACUUUUAUGUGAACAUGGGCGUAACGCAGCCCAAUUGCGGAGCCUUUAACAAUAUGGACACCCAUUAUUGCUACCACAACCGAUCGGCGGAAUACUACGCGGAAUCCAUCACAACACCUAUCGGGUUCAUUGGUUACUUCUGUCCCAACUUCAAAAGUUUCGCGACAGGUGUCUGCGUCCCCAAGGAAGAUACAGAGACGAUGGGCUUCCACGCCCACCCGCAGGCCAGGGGAAGAUACUUUUUGGACACCAACAAGAGCCCGCCCUAUGCCAUGGGUAAAAACUACAUGCAUCUUAACCGUCAGUUGAAGGGAAAAACAUUUUUGAAUGAUGAUAUCAUAGAACGGAUACUUGAGAACAACUCCAUAGGUUAAGACGGGUUGGGUAGGUUAAACAACCCUUUGUAACU